AUGAAGAAAGUUGGAGCAUCGUUUGCUCUGUUGGUGGCGCUGGUAGCGGUCGUUGCCUUGUUGCAACCCGCUCCAACCAUAGCCGAUCGUCUGCGACCAAAGGGAUACAAGCAGACGGUGCAGAAGUUACAGAAGUUUUACGUUGAAUUCGAAGCUGAAGUGUCCCGGGAAUUCCGUCGCUGGAAACAUGAGGGCGUGAUGUCGCCACGGUUUCGCGAGAUAAUCGCCUCGUCCCGCAUUGGAACGCACGAGCGGGCGCCAGAGUUACGCGAACUGCCUACGGCACGCGAGGGAGCCUUCUGUGGAAUCUGCCGUGGGUUCGGUGGAUCCGUUUUGGAGCUCCGUCGUGGAGGGGCGUCUCGUGAGGAGAUGUACAAUACCACCGUCGAGCUGUGCACGUUGCUAAACGUUCAGGAGGAACACAUUUGCCGCGGGUUGAUAGAGCUAAACAUUGACCCGCUACUGUACAUCGUGGACAACCGGCCGCAGUUGUCUUCCGGUUCGCUCUGUGCCGUGGUGUUCCAGUCGGACGCUUGCAUUCUGGAUGACCCAGUGUUCAGCGAUUGGGCUGUAGACAUUGACCCGAACGGUACCCCGGUGACCGCCUCCAAGUCGGGAACGCCCCAGCGUGGCCCGAACGAUCUGAAGAUCGUGCAGCUGACUGACCUGCACUAUGAUCCAAACUAUCGCACCGGAUACAAUGCGGACUGUGGUGCGCCAGCCUGUUGCCGUGAGUCGCAGGGUAUCCCCGAGGAUCCAGCUGCCGCUGCGGGCCAUUGGGGAGACUAUCGGGCAUGUGAUACACCUUGGAACGCGGUGGAGGAUCUGAUUGAUCGAGUAGUGGAGGAUCAUUCCGAUGCGGACUUUGUCUACCACACUGGGGACAUUAUCGAUCACGGCAUCUGGGAAACGUCGAUCGGGUAUAAUGUACGUUCGAUCGCGCAGGUCAUUGAUAAGCUGCGUGAAGCGUUCCCGGACACGCCGGUGUACAACAUUCUCGGCAAUCAUGAGGCACACCCCACGAACGUGUACGCCCUUGGUGACAUUGGACGCAACGAUUUCUCCACCAACUGGUUGUACCAUCUGUCGGCGGAUCUCUGGAGCCAUUGGUUGCCACGGGCAACGGCACAAACAAUCCGUCUCGGGGGUUACUACACCGCCUUGGUGCGACCCGGGUUCCGUGUUGUGGCGCUCAACAACAACGAUUGCUACACGUUCAACUGGUGGAUCCUUUACCAGCCCGAUGCACUGGUAACGCAGCUCCAGUGGCUUCAUGACGUUCUCCUGCAGGCGGAAAGGGCCGGAGAAAAGGUUCACAUCCUGGCCCAUCUUCCCAUCUCGUCCGAUUGUUUCAGCGUGUGGCAACGGGAGUACCGCCGGAUUCUGGAGCGUUUCCGGGAUACCGUCAGCGGUCAGUUCCACGGACACACGCACAAGGAUGAGUUCAACGUGUUCUACGGCGCUGAGCAGCCGGAGUUUGCCGUGGGUGUUGCAUGGAACGGUGGCAGUGGAACGGCCCACACGAACGUCAAUCCCAACUACGUCGUGUACUACGUCAAUCCUGAGACUUAUGAAGUGACCGACUUCGAAUCGUACGCGUACAACCUGACCGAAGCCAAUUUGACGCCGGACGAGCGCCCGGACUGGUUCCGGAUGUACUCGUUCCCGGAAGAGUUCGGUGUGUCCGAUCUCAGCCCGGCCGGAAUGGAUGAACUGAUCCAGCGGCUGGCCACCCCCAUCGGACGGGAAGAUCUGCGCCGCUAUUGGGAGUUCAAAGUGAAGCUGGCCGAUGCGUCACUGGCAAACGGAUGCAGCGACACCUGUCUGCUGAACCAUCUCUGCGAGAUCGUCACCAAUGAGUCCGGUGACGACCGGAAGUGCCAGGAGCUUUCCGAUAUGUUUGAAUGAGCACAACUUCCCGAACAAACUUU